AUGGUGCUUCUAAAGAUGAAGUUCCCCUUCCAGAAGCGAGUGCGCUUGGCCCAGGGUCUGUGGCUGCUCUCCUGGAUGGCUGUCAUCUCUGGGGCCCUCACCUUCUCCAUGGGUCUGUUCCUCAAGGCAGAACUUCACCGACAGGCGGAGGUGAUGGACAACACCCAGAUCCAUGCAGUGCCCAACACCCUGAUGAUGAUUGGUCUGGCAUCACUGGGUAUCAACUUCUUUGCUGGGCGGAUCUGCCAGGACUCCCUGGAUGCAAGUCGCUUCCCACGCUGGAAGACCUUCAUGUUACCCUACUUCAUCCUCUCCCUCUUCUUCACGAUCCUGAUGCUGGUGGCGGUCAUCAUGAGCUACGCGAUGAAGGGCAACCUCGAGGAGUCGCUGAAAAUAGGCCUGAAGAACGGCAUCCGAUUCUACAAGGACACGGACACACCGGGCAGAUGCUUCCAGAAGGAGACCAUCGAUCGGCUGCAGAUGGAGUUCCACUGCUGUGGGAACAACAACUACAAGGACUGGUUUGAAGUGCAGUGGAUCAGCAACCGUUACCUGGAUUUCACCUCCAAGGAAGUGAAGGAUCGGAUCAAGAGCAAUGUGGAUGGACGCUACCUGGUGGACGGGGUCCCCUUCAGCUGCUGUAACCCCUCCUCCCCGCGGCCCUGCAUCCAGCACCAGCUCACCAACAACUCCGCCCACUAUAACUACGAGCACCAGACGGAGGAGCUGAACCUCUUCUCCCCCGGAUGCCGCGAGGCCCUGGUCAGCUACUACAUGGGCCUGAUGAACAGCAUCGGGGCGGGGGUGCUCUCCUUCUUGCUCCUGCAGGUCUCAGUGCUGGUGAGCUUAAGGUACCUGCAGACCUCGAUGGAGGCAGUGCUGGGACAGGAGAACACGGAGAUUGAGACAGAGGGAUACCUUCUGGAAAAGGGAGUGAAGGAGACCAUCAAGGAGAUGAUGGAUAAUGUCCUCAAGUUCUUCCACUUCAACCAGGUGGACGCAUCUGUGGGGCUGGAGGCAGAAGCGGGGGAAAAGCCAGCAACACCAGCUGAUUAG